AUGGGUCGUCACGGUAAGGGUCCCAAGACCAAUAAGCAAAAUUUAGCUCCAGAAAAGGAACGUUUUAUCCAAUGUUGUUCCGACAUCACAUUGGAAUUGACUAACUCUUUAACUUCCAACACAACGAGAGAAAUCAACUUAAAUGGUCUGAUUACUAAAUACUCCAAGAAAUAUAAGUUGAAACAACAGCCAAGGCUUACGGAUAUUAUCAACUCUAUUCCGGACCAAUACAAGAAAUACUUACUUCCUAAAUUGAAGGCCAAACCAGUGCGUACUGCAUCUGGUAUCGCUGUUGUUGCCGUGAUGUGUAAACCACAUCGUUGUCCUCAUAUUGCAUACACAGGUAACAUUUGUGUCUAUUGUCCUGGUGGCCCAGAUUCUGAUUUUGAAUAUUCAACCCAAUCAUAUACAGGUUAUGAACCAACGUCCAUGCGUGCCAUUAGGGCUCGUUACGAUCCAUAUGAACAAGCAAGAGGUAGAGUAGAACAAUUGAAACAAUUGGGUCAUUCCAUUGAUAAGGUUGAAUAUAUUGUCAUGGGUGGUACGUUUAUGUCUUUACCUAAUGAUUAUAGAGAAGAUUUUAUUACUAAAUUGCAUAACGCUUUAUCUGGGUUUAAUGGGAAUGAUCUUGAUGAAGCCAUUAAAUAUUCACAACAAAGUUUGACUAAAUGUGUAGGUAUCACUAUUGAGACGAGACCUGAUUAUUGUACUGAGACUCAUUUGGAUGAUAUGUUGAGAUAUGGUUGUACUAGAUUGGAAAUCGGUGUCCAAUCACUAUACGAAGAUGUCGCUAGAGACACGAAUAGAGGACAUACCGUGAAGGCUGUCUCUGAAAUUUUUGCAUUAUCUAAGGAUGCUGGUUACAAAGUUGUUGCUCACAUGAUGCCCGAUUUACCUAACGUUGGGAUGGAAAGAGAUAUUGAACAAUUUAAAGAAUAUUUUGAAAAUCCAGGGUUUAGAACUGAUGGUUUGAAAAUCUAUCCUACUUUGGUUAUUAGAGGUACUGGGUUAUAUGAACUUUGGAAAUCAGGUAAAUAUAAAUCUUAUAAUGCUAAUGCCUUAGUCGAUUUGGUGGCCAGAAUUAUGGCUUUAGUGCCACCUUGGACAAGAAUUUAUCGUGUUCAAAGAGAUAUUCCAAUGCCGUUAGUCACCUCUGGUGUGGACAAUGGUAAUUUAAGAGAACUAGCAUUGGCUAGAAUGAAAGAUCUUGGUAUUUCAUGUAGAGAUAUACGUACAAGGGAAGUGGGUAUUCAAGAAGUCCAUCAUAAAGUUCAACCUGAUCAAGUGGAGUUAAUUAGAAGAGAUUACUAUGCUAAUGGUGGUUGGGAAACUUUCUUGUCAUAUGAAGAUCCAAAGAAAGAUAUUCUUAUUGGGUUAUUGAGAUUGAGAAAGGCCACUAAGAAAUAUACAUAUAGAAAGGAAUUCACGUCCCAAAGAACAUCUAUUGUCAGAGAACUGCACGUUUAUGGUUCUGUAGUUCCGUUACAUUCCAGAGAUCCACGUAAGUUUCAACAUCAAGGUUUUGGUACGCUGCUAAUGGAAGAAGCUGAGCGGAUUGCCCGUGAAGAGCAUGGUUCCGAGAAGAUUGCUGUUAUCUCCGGUGUUGGUGUGAGAAAUUAUUAUGCCAAAUUGGGUUAUGAAUUGGAUGGACCAUAUAUGUCUAAGAUAAUAACUCCUGCAUUUUAA